AUGAAGUUCGGGUGGCUUGAGGCCAGCUUGACGGCUGCCUCAGUGGCAAAUGCCAAUUCACUUGCCUAUUCACCUCCCUACUAUCCCUCUCCAUGGAUGACUGGCGCUGGCGAAUGGUCCGACGCAUAUGAACGUGCCGUUGAAUUUGUCUCAAGCCUGACACUAGCUGAGAAGGUCAAUUUGACGACCGGUACUGGCUGGCAGCAGGAGCGAUGUGUCGGUGAGACCGGUGGGAUUCCGCGACUUGGCAUGUGGGGAUUGUGUAUGCAGGACUCACCGUUGGGUUUACGUUUCAGCGACUACAACUCCGCUUUCGCCUCGGGUGUCAAUGUUGCCGCAACAUGGGACAAGGAACUUGCCUACCAGCGUGGUUUGGCAAUGGGAGAGGAACACCGUGACAAGGGUGUCGAUGUGCAAUUAGGUCCUGUUGCUGGCCCUCUGGGCAAGUACCCCGAAGGUGGUCGCAACUGGGAGGGAUUCUCGCCUGACCCCGUUUUGACCGGUGUGAUGAUGGCCGAGACCAUCAAGGGCAUUCAAGAUGCCGGUGUCAUUGCCUGCGCUAAGCAUUUCAUUGGUAACGAACAAGAGCAGUUCCGUCAGUCCGGCGAGGCUCAAGGAUACGGUUACAACAUCACACAGAGUUCGAGCUCCAACAUUGACGACAAGACUUUACACGAGUUGUAUCUCUGGCCAUUCGUGGAUUCUAUCCGUGCAGGCGUUGGCUCUGUCAUGUGCUCCUACAACCAGAUUAACAACAGCUAUGGUUGCGCAAACAGCUAUACUCUCAACAAAGUGCUCAAGGGCGAGCUCGGAUUCCAGGGCUUUAUUAUGAGUGACUGGGGCGCCCACCACAGCGGUGUCAGCUCGACUCUGGCCGGGUUGGAUAUGUCCAUGCCCGGUGAUGUCUAUCUUGGCAGUCCUUACACCUACUGGGGAACCAACUUGACUAUCUCCGUUCUGAACGGCACUGUCCCCGAAUGGCGUGUUGACGAUAUGGCCGUUCGAAUCAUGGCUGCUUACUACAAGGUUGGACGUGACCAAAUCCGUACUCCCCCCAACUUCAGCUCAUGGACUCGCGAUGAGUACAACUUCGAGCACUUCAUCGUCAGCGAGAACUGGAGCAAGCUCAACGAGCGCGUCAACGUUCAGCGAGACCACGCCAAGGGCAUCCGCAAGCUUGGCUCCGACAGCACCGUGUUGCUCAAGAACAAGGGUGCAUUGCCUCUUACCCAUGACGAGAAAUUCAUUGCCAUCUUGGGAGAGGAUGCAGGCUCCAACCCCCGUGGUGCCAAUGGCUGCGCCGACCGCGGCUGUGAUGACGGUACAUUAGCCAUGGGCUGGGGCAGUGGAACUGCCAACUUCCCUUACCUGAUCACCCCGGAGCAAGCCAUCCUGAGUGAAGCCUUAGAUUACGGUGAUGGGCGCACUAACGUCUUCAGCGUGACUGAUAAUUGGGCCCUCAAGGAGAUGGCCUCCACUGCCUCUCAGGCCGACGUUGCUCUGGUCUUCGUGAACGCCGACUCUGGUGAAGGUUUUAUCAGUGUCGACGGCAAUGAGGGUGAUCGCAAGAACAUGACUCUCUGGAAGAAUGGCGAGGAGGUGAUCCAGACCGCUGCCCAGAACUGUAACAACACUAUUGUCGUUAUCCACAGCUCAGCUGCUGUUCUUAUCGGCGACUGGUACGACCAUGAGAAUAUUACUGCCAUCGUCUGGGCUGGUCUGCCUGGUCAGGAGAGUGGUCGCAGCUUGACAGAUGUCUUGUACGGUCGCGUCAAUCCUGGAGCUAAGACACCUUUCACCUGGGGCAGAACCCGCGAGGACUACGGACCCCCUCUUCUCACUGUAACCAACAAUGGCGCCGAUGCGCCCCAAGAUAACUUUGAGGAUGGUGUGUUCAUCGACUACCGCCGCUUUGACAAGGAUAACACGGAGCCCAUCUAUGAGUUUGGCUACGGUCUGAGCUACACCACUUUCGCCUUCUCUGACCUCAAGGUCACCCCACUUGCCUCAUCCGAAUACAAACCGACCACUGGAAAGAGCAAGCAGGCUCCCGUAUUUGGUGAGCCUGGUGAUGUUUCGGAGAACUUGUUCCCCGAGGGUAUCACUCGCGUCCGCCAAUACCUCUAUCCGUGGUUGAACUCCACCGACCUACGCGCCUCCUCUGGCGAUCCAGACUACGGUAUGGACUCCAAAGAUUACCUUCCCGAAGGCGCAGUCGAUGGUUCUCCCCAGGACCUUCUUCCCUCUAGCGGCAACUCCGGUGGCAACCCCGGCCUGUUUGAAGACCUCUACCAGGUGACCGCUACCAUCACCAACACGGGUUCUGUGACCGGUGAUGAGGUUCCCCAGCUGUAUGUCUCACUCGGCGGCGACUGCGAACCCGUCAAGGUCUUGCGCCAGUUUGACCGAGUCACCAUUGCCGCUGGCGAGACAGUCCAAUGGACUACCACUUUGACCCGUCGCGAUGUCUCCAACUGGGAUGUUGUGUCACAGAACUGGGUCAUCUCUGACGCCCCGAAGAAGAUCUAUGUGGGUAACUCAUCGCGCAAGCUGCCUCUCCACGCCGAGUUACCCUCGGUUCAGUAG